AUGUCUGCGAGCACUAUCGACCUGGUUGUGCAGCGACUAAGCUCUGUAGAUUCCGAUGUCAAAAUCAGGGUUGAGGCCGCAGCGCAGCUGCGCGACAACCUUGAGCACUACAUUUCGGGCCCUAUAUACCCAGCCUUCUUGAAGAAGCUCAUGCCCAUCUUCAUCAACAUUCUCAAAGGCCCGCCGGUUUUCGUCAGCACAUCUGCUGAGCAGAAAUUACGAAACACGACCCUCGAAAUCCUCCAUCGUCUGCCUACGAACCCCCCCGAGUCAUUCGAACCUUAUGCGAAGGAAACGGUGGAUCUGUUAAUGAACUUGGUGAAAUGUGAUAAUGAGGAAAAUGCGUCACUAUGCGUCAAGACGAUUAUGGACAUCAUGCGGCACCAGACCAAGGUGCUGGAAGAUAAGGUGCAGCCUUUUCUGACCCUCAUUCAAGAGCUAUUUGACCAGAUGGAGUCUGUGGUGCGGGAUCAGUUGGAUAGUUCUGCAGCGGUGGUGCUGUCGACCCCAGGCAGCUCCCAAGCCUACCAAAAUUCACCGCGACCCGGUUCGCCAGUUGCAUCGGUGGCAGAUCUCGGUGCAGACCCCCAACAGCAAACCCGGCCGCUCUUGAAGGGGAUGCAGUCGUUUAAGGUUCUGGCAGAGUGUCCGAUCAUAGUUGUAUCUAUUUUCCAGGUAUAUCGAUCAACUGUUGGGCCGAACGUCAAGCUCUUUGUGCCCCUCAUCAAGACUGUCCUUCUACUCCAGGCGAAACCGCAAGAGCAGGCACAUCUUGAUGCUGCGGCGCGGGGCACAAUCUUCACCGGAGUGAGCCCAAAUAUCAAGAACAGGGCGGCUUUCGGAGAGUUCAUCACCGCUCAAGUCAAGACCAUGAGUUUCCUAGCAUACCUCCUGCGUGUUUACUCGCAGCAACUGAACGACUUCUUACCAACGCUCCCAAAUAUAAUAGUUCGGCUGUUGAAGGAUUGCCCGCGUGAGAAAUCUGGGGCGCGCAAAGAACUAUUGGUUGCUAUUCGACACAUCAUCAAUUUCAAUUUCCGUAAGAUAUUCGUGUCCAAGAUCGGCGAACUUCUUGAUGAGAAGACGCUGAUUGGUGACGGAUUGACGGUCUAUGAGACGAUGAGGCCUCUUGCAUAUAGCAUGCUUGCCGACCUCAUUCAUCAUGUUCGAGAGGCGCUCGAGCCGGAACAGAUACGGAAAACCGUCGAAGUGUACACCAAGAAUUUGCAGGAUGACUUUCCGGGCACCAGCUUCCAGACCAUGAGCGCCAAAUUGCUGCUUAAUAUGGCCGAAUGCAUUGCGAAAAUGCACAACAAACAGGAUGCUCGCCAUUAUCUUAUUAUGAUACUGAACGCGAUUGGAGACAAGUUUGCCGCCAUGAAUCGACAAUAUCCCAAUGCUGUGAAGCUCUCCAAGCUCAACCCAAACCAGUCUAUCGAUGCUCCCCCUGAGCAGUACCUGGCAGACAAGGAGCACCCGCCUGAUUGGGACGAGAUUGACAUUUUCACGGCCAUGCCAAUCAAAACAUCAAACCCGCGUGAUCGUGGACUUGAUCCAGUUGCUGAUAACAAGUUUCUCUUCAAAAAUCUCAUGAACGGACUGAAGAAUACAUUUUAUCAACUGAAAGCAUGCAAUGUCGGCACGCCGAUAGAUCCCAACAACGCCCCGGCUCAUUGGCAGGAUGUCUCGUACGGGUUUUCGGCGGAGGAAGUUCAGGUCAUCAUGAAGCUGUUCCGCGAGGGUGCCUACGUCUUUCGAUACUACGAGAUUGAAAAGCCAGCGACGGAAUCUCAGUAUUCAUCACCGGUCGAGUUCAUGGCAAACCACUAUAUGAUUUCCAGCAGCAAGGAGGAGAAGGACCUUUUAGAGACCUUUGCCACAGUCUUUCAUUGUAUUGAUCCGGCGACAUUCCAUGAGGUCUUUCAUGAGGAAAUCCCCAAGCUUUAUGACAUGAUUUUCGAGCAUACCGCCCUCCUUCACGUUCCACAGUUUUUCCUUGCUAGCGAGGCAACCUCACCAAGCUUCGCAGGCAUGCUGUUGCGCUUCCUCAUGGAUCGUAUAGAUCAGGUGGGCACUGCUGAUGUGAAGAAAUCAUCGAUUCUUCUUCGCCUAUUCAAAUUGGCGUUCAUGGCUGUCACGCUGUUCUCGAACACAAAUGAACAGGUACUGCUGCCUCACGUCGUUGAUAUCGUUACGAAAUCGAUAGAGCUGUCAACAACUGCCGAAGAACCCAUGAACUACUUCCUGCUUCUAAGAUCCCUUUUCCGAAGCAUCGGCGGCGGGAAGUUUGAGCAUCUCUAUAAACAAAUCCUUCCACUUCUGGAGAUGCUCCUGGAAGUCCUCAAUAACUUACUUUUGGCAGCACGAAAGCCAGCGGAUCGUGAUCUCUAUGUAGAGUUAUGCCUUACAGUGCCAGCAAGACUGAGCAAUCUGCUUCCUCAUCUGAGCUACCUAAUGCGGCCUCUCGUCGUUGCGCUGCGACCCGGCUCUGACCUCGUCGGCCAAGGGCUGCGGACGUUGGAGCUCUGCGUUGACAACCUCACGGCCGACUAUUUGGACCCGAUUAUGGCUCCCGUUAUUGACGAGCUAAUGACUGCUCUGUUUGAUCAUCUGCGGCCGACUCCCUACAGCCACUUUUACGCCCAUACAACAAUGCGAAUAUUAGGCAAGUUGGGAGGUCGUAACAGAAAAUUCAUGACUGGCGCUCCUCCCUUGACCUUCCAGCAGUAUUCUGAUGAUGUAACAAGCUUUGACCUAAAAUUGAUUGGCUCGAAGAAAGACAGAGCAUUCCCCGCUGAGAUUGGAAUCGACCUUGCCAUCGGAAAAUUGAUGGAGGUUCCAAAGGCCGCUGCGGCAAAGAAGUCGGAUAGUUACUACAAGAGGCAGGCUCUCCAACUUGUCAAGACGCAACUCAAAUUGCGCCUCGGCAUCGACAAUCUUCCCGACGAUUUUGCACGACUGGUUCGUCUGCAAGCUCAGGAUUUGCUGGCAAGAAGGUGCGAUGUCGAUCUGUCGUCACUGGAGUCCUCUGAUCGCCAACGCUCCGUAUUCAAGAAGGAUGAGCAGGAUGCGAUGCUGAAGAAGCUUCUGAAGGCCUGCAUUUUUGCCGUCUCCCUUCCCGAAUUUUCUGCUGAAGCACAGGCACUGUUAACCAACAUCUGCAGACACUUCACUAUUCUCGAAGUGGGCAAGACAUUGUUAGACCUGAAGCGAACAAGGCAACCAUUUGAUGUUAAGGCAGGGGAAGGACCUCUGUUCAUCGACAGCAGAAUCCUUGGCGAUGCUAUAGUUCAAUCAUUAUCGUCCGACAUGCCUGCAGUGCGUGAAGCUGCGCAGCUUGCAAUCCGAGAAGUCUAUGACUCGACUGCCACAAUUUUUGGGUCGUCCGACAAUGUAUUCCGAUUGUCAUUCUUCACCUAUCUCAGCAGCACUUUUUGCCAUGCUUGCUAUGAGGAGGAGUGGUUUACCAAGGCUGGUGGAAGUCUGGGCAUCAACUUCAUGAUUACUGACAUCAAUAUGGGCAAUGCAUGGGUCCAAGAUCGGCAGAUUGAUUUUGCAAGAGCGCUCCUGUAUGUCAUCAAGGAUAUGCCUCCUGAUCUUCCUGCGAAGACUCGACGAGGAGCGCAAGACACUCUUGAAAUUCUCCUGCGACGCAGCAUGAAGAAUGCUUCCAAAGCAGAUCUCGUUCCUCCUGCUGCACCUCAACCAGGACAGCCUCAGGUACGCGCUUCUCGACUACUUCAACUUUGCGGAAUCUUGAACACCGAGCUUUCUCAUAUGAACAAACAUGUCCGCGAAGCAGUCAAGCAAGCCCUGGAAAUCAUCGCGAAAGAGCUCGGGGUUGAGAUUUAUGACUUGCUUGAGUUUACCAAGGAACGCUGUCUGUCACCAAUCUACAGCAAACCGCUGAGAGCGCUUCCCUUUGGUGUUCAGAUUGGCUUCAUCGACGCAGUCACUUAUUACAUGGGCUUGAAAAAUGACUUUGUUCCCUUUGAUGAUCACCUCAAUCGUCUGCUCAUGGAAACCUUGGCCCUAGCAGACGCCCCUGAUGAGUCUCUAGCUGGAAAGCCAGCCGAGUACCGAACGCACGAGUCCAUCAUCACUCUUCGAGUAGCCUGCAUCAAGAUGCUGACUACAGCGAUGGGCUUUGAAGAGUUUCAAAAAGGUCCUGCCAAUCCUACACGGACGAAGAUCGUAUCCGUCUUCUUCAAAUGCCUUUACUCAGAGUCUAAGCAGACAAUCGAGUCAGCGAACGAUGCCUUGAAGGUCGUCCUAUCCCAGACAACAAAGCUUCCCAAAGAGCUCCUUCAAAACGGGCUCCGUCCUGUGCUCGCAAAUCUCCAGGAUCCGCGUCGUUUAAGCACUCAUGGCCUCGAUGGCCUAGCUCGCCUUUUGCAACUCUUGACGACGUAUUUCAAGGUUGAAAUUGGGUCCCGCUUGCUUGACCACAUCAAAAUUCUUGCCGAGCCAAACAUGCUCCAACGGAUAUCGUUCACUUUAAUUGAGCAGAAUGAAGCUGUAAAGAUCAUCGCUGCCGUAUUCAACAUCUUUCAUCUGCUGCCUCCAGCUGCAGAGCAAUUCAAGGAAAGACUCAUUGACACGGUUUUGGACUUGGAGGACAAGCUACGCCGAACCCGCAAUAGCCCUUUCAGAGCCCCCCUUUAUGAAUACCUCAAUCGAUACCCCAAGGAGGUUUGGCUACUGCUGCUAAGCAAGAUCGAGGACCAAAAAUACGGUCGCUUUCUAGCUCAAGUCUUGGAGCACCCAGAUAGUGGGGCCCUUCGCGAUGUUGUUGUCAACAAUGUUGAAUCGCUGAUCAAGUAUUGUGGGGAUAUGGGGGCCGAGAACAAAGAGAGCCGGUAUACUGCCGUCAUUAAUGCAGUAAACAUCAUGCACUCAAUAUGCAAGGUCGAAGGCACUAGAUCGUGGAUGGACAAGAAGGAGACCCUGACGUGGUUCAAGCUCGUUGGCAAGAAAUUGGAGCUUCAUCUCCGCACCGAUACGUUGCCAAAAAGCCUUCGACUUGCUGCUGAGCAAGCUGGCGAGCAGCUUAUGGUCAUCCUCACCAAAUAUCUCGAGUACCAUCCAAAGGAUUACGAAUCGCUAUUUGCCCUGGUUGAAUCGGUCACCGCGGAGGAUUUCAAGCCCACCCAAGCGCUUUUUGACCACAUUUACCGUCAUGUUAUUUGCAGCGAUUCUAUGGAAACAUGGAAAACUGUCGUCAUGCGCAGCUUAGAUAUCUACGCUGGAAAGGCCGGCUCGCAAAAAACAAAAGCUUUCCUGCUUCAUUAUCUAGUCAACCCGCUCAUUGCUAUGGAUGUCAUGCGCACCUCCAAUCCGUCCAACCCCAAGUCACCAAGGCUUAUGGAUAAAGCUGUCAUCGAGUCAAUUCACACCAAGAUUUGGAAGGUUAGCCUUGGCGACUCGAACGAGGAUUUGACUCAGCCUGCCAUUGACCACACUCGAAUGGAGGUUCUUCAAUUAACCGCAAUGCUCGUCAAGUAUCACCAUGCAAUCUUGCAGGACGCCAGGAAGGAUAUCAUCAAGUUCGGCUGGACAUAUAUUAGGCUUGAGGAUGUGAUCAACAAACAUGCCGCCUAUGUAGUGAUUGGCUACUUCAUAGCUCACUACGAGACCCCUGCCAAGAUUGUCCAGCAGGUCUAUUUCUCGCUGUUGAAGACGAACCAAAACGAAGGCAGAGCUCUCGUCACUCAAGCAUUGGAACUCAUCGCACCCGUCCUUCCCAAGCGGUGCAACGCUGUGCCAGGAGAUCGCAACCCGGUCUGGGCCGCAGCCCCCCGCCGUAUCUUAUCCGAAGAGGGUCAAAAUGUGCAGCAGAUGACUAGUAUCUUCCACUUUCUGGUCAGGCAUCCAGAUCUGUUCUAUGAAUCUCGGGAAAAGUUUAUCAACCUCAUCAUCGGUUCGCUCCGUAAGGUGGCACAGUUCCCAAACCCGUCAAACGAGAGCAAGAAGUUGGUCCUCAAUUUAAUGACCAUGAUAUGGCUGUGGGAACAGAAGCGCGUUGAAGGCAAGGAUGCAUCACCCACGCGAGCUUUCUCUGAAUCUCCAAAUGCGAAGAAGCGAAAGCUUGAAAAUCUCAAUGAGCAAGCGCUCUCCCCUACCCCAUCCAAGACAGGAUCUUCGGUAUCAGGGGCAGCCGACAAGCCCGAAUACAAAACGCCAGUUAUGGCUCAGACUAAGAUGAUCAAAUAUCUUGUGGAGUUCAUCGCAUCUCUCGGCGAGCGCUACCCACUCCCGUCUGCGAAAACCAAAGAUGCCGGAGCGUCGCAUACAGGCUUGCAACCCCCACCAUCGGAAAUGUGCAAAAAGGCGAUGGGCCUUCUUUAUAAUCUUCUCCAGCCCCAAUACUGGGGCGAUGCCCAGGUCGAUCUGUUCCCCAAUGUGACAGAGACAGUCUUAGCAAGCGACCGAACCGUGGCGGCUCUUGCUAGCGAACACUCCGACAAGGACAAACCUGACGAGAAGUUUAUCACAAACAUGAUUAACACUCUCCAGAUAGUGCGCAUCAUUGUCAAUGCCAAACCUGACGAAUGGGUCCUCCAGAACAUGUCCACAUUACAACAUAUUCUCGAGAAGUCUCUGAAGUCAGACAACCCAGAAAUCCAGGAUUGCUUGCAUGCGGCAGACGAAAAUUGGGAUGGCGGUCGGAAAUCAAAACCUUUAGUCAGACGGAUAUUGGAUGCCGUGCCUGACGAUAUUCCAAUGGAAGACGCAGAUGCCGAAGGCGAGCCGGAGGCAUCUACAUCGGAGAUCAUCAAGUUCCUCUCGAGCAUGGCGAUUGAGUUACUCUCAAACAGCAACUAUGCCGCUGGCAUCAACAUCCUGUGGACCAUAGCACAACGAAAGCCUUCGGAAAUGGAUCAGCAUAUCCCCUCCGUUAUGAAGGCUCUUCAAUCGAAGCUUGCUCGAGACCAUGUUGCUCACUACUAUGCGGUCACCGGCCAAUCCGGGAUGGUUGCUCCUGCUAGGCCAGGCGAGGCGGAACCCGCCGGUGUCAUGACCACUUACGACCUGGACAUCCAAACCCGGCUCAUGCUAAAGGCGAUCGAUGUGCUUGCGAUGCGCAUGGAUGUCCUCGGAGAGAAUCGACGCCCAUUUCUCAGCGUUCUUGCCAACCUUGUUGAGAAGUCGAUGAGCAACACUCUGUGCCUGAAAAUCCUUGACAUGGUGGAGACGUGGGUUUUCAAGUCGGAAGGAUCCUGGCCAACGCUCAAGGAGAAGACUGCGGUCUUGCAUAAGAUGCUUACCUUUGAAAAUCGCACGGAUCAGACUCUAUUGAUGCAUUUCUUGGAGCUCGUGAUACGUAUUUACGAGGACCCCAAGGUUAUACGGACGGAGCUCACGGUUCGUAUGGAGCAUGCCUUCUUGAUUGGGACCCGAGCGCAAGAUGUUGACAUGCGCAAUCGAUUUAUGACCAUCUUCGAUAAGAGUCAGUCGAAAACCGCCAGUGCAAGACUGAGCUAUGUCAUCACCACCCAGAAUUGGGAUACCCUGGCCGAUUCUUACUGGCUUGCACAGGCGUCUCAACUGCUCUUUGGAGCCAUGGAUGUAAAUAAUUCCGUGCAACUCCAUUCCGAGGAUUUCCGCGUCAUGCCUGCUUCAACCAUCUUCGGGACUUAUGCUAGAGAUGCCCGUAACCCCACGCUCCCAUCGGACAGCAAAUUUGAUAGCCUGAUUACCUCGCAUAGGCGAUUUGUGGCUGAACUAGGGGAUGUCAAAGUUCGCGAUAUCAUCGACCCACUGAGUCAACUUCAGCAUCUAGAUCCCAACAUGGCCCACGAGAUCUGGGUGGCCUUAUUCCCAAUGUUCUGGUCUGCUACACCCAAGGACGAGCGUGCCGACCUGGAGCGAGGCAUGGUUGCACUGCUUACAAAAGACCACCACUCUCGCCAAAUCGACAAGCGGCCGAACGUGGUUCAAUCUUUGCUCGAAGGGGCGGCCAAAGCAUGGCCAGAAUGCAAGAUUCCACCUCAUGUUCUCAAAUUUGAAGCCAAAACAUACGACGCAUGGUACACUGCGCUCGUACAGCUUGAGAAUGCUGCGAUCAACCCCGAAGUUGAUAGCCCUCUAGUUCGAGAAAGCAAUCUGGAUGCAUUGGUUGAGUUGUAUGCUGGCUUGCAAGAGGACGAUCUCUAUUACGGGACAUGGCGCCGAAGAUGUCAAUUCGUGGAAACAAAUGCUGCCCUUUCAUAUGAGCAGAACGGCAUGUGGGACAAAGCUCAGCAUAUGUACGAGGCCGCGCAGAUCAAGGCUCGUACCGGUGCUAUUCCGUUUUCCCAGGGUGAAUACAUGCUUUGGGAAGACCACUGGGUUCUAUGCGCCCAGAAGCUUCAACAGUGGGAGAUCUUGUCCGAUUUUGCCAAGCACGAGAAUUUCCAAGACCUACUCUUGGAGUGUGCAUGGAAGCAAACCGAUAUGUGGCAGACGCCUGAAAAUCGCGAGUCGCUCGACAACCUAAUCAGGGGUGUUAUGGAUGCGCCUACACCCAGGCGAACUUUCUUCCAGGCUUUCAUGUCAUUGCUGAAGCUCCACAACAAGACUGAAACUCAAGCCGAGUUCAGCAAGGUCUGUGACGAGGCAAUACAGUUGUCCAUUCGCAAAUGGCACCAACUCCCAAAGCGCAUUACGAAUGCGCAUAUACCUCUUCUUCAAAACUUUCAACAGCUUGUGGAACUACACGAUGCAAGUAUCAUAUGCCAGAGCCUGUCGCAGACCAAUCAGGGGAACCUCGACGUCAAAUCUGGCGAAUUGAAGUUGCUCCUCGGGACUUGGCGUGAUCGACUUCCAAAUGUAUGGGACGACAUCACCGCUUGGCAAGAUUUGGUCACCUGGAGGCAACAUAUCUUUGGCCUGAUAAACACCACUUACCUAGGCCUCCUGCCUCAACAAGGUCAGAAUGCUAACGGUGCGUCUUUCGCAUACCGUGGAUAUCAUGAAACUGCCUGGAUUAUCAACCGUUUUGCCCACGUCGCCCGCAAGCAUCAACUUCCUGAAGUGUGUAUCAGCCAGCUCAGCCGAAUCUACACCUUGCCAAACAUCGAGAUUCAAGAAGCUUUCCUGAAGCUUAGAGAACAAGCAAAAUGCCAUUACCAGAAUCCCUCGGAACUCACAAACGGUCUUGAUGUGAUCAACAACACGAAUCUCAAUUAUUUUGGCCCCAACCAAAAGGCCGAGUUCUAUACCCUCAAAGGAAUGUUCUUGGAGAAGCUGGGUCAGCGUGAUGAGGCAGCCGAGGCUUACGGCAUGGCACUGUUCUUUGAUAUUAAGCUUCCAAAGGCUUGGGCCGAAUGGGGUUACUACAACGACCGUCUGUUCAAAGAGAAUCCAACCAAUUACGCAUACGCUAAGAAUGCACUGAGUUGCUAUUUGGAGGCUGCGGGCCUCUUCAAGAACGCGAAAUCUAGGAAGCUACUCACUCGGAUCCUCUGGCUUUUGAGUCUCGACGAUGCUGAAGGCACCCUCUCCGCACAAUUCGACGAGUACAAGGGCGAGACGCCUGUGUGGUAUUGGAUCACAUUCAUUCCCCAGUUACUGACUGGUCUUGGCCAUAAAGAAGCCCCCAAGGCACACGCUAUUCUUGCCAAGAUUGCGAAGUCUUACCCUCAAGCUCUUUACUUCCAAUUGCGCACCAAUCGGGAGGAUAUGCUUGCUAUCAAGAAGACGCAGGAAGCGAAGGAGGCAAGGGAACGACAACUCAAAGCCAGAGCUGAGGCUCAGAAACAAGCAAAUGCUGGUAGCGCAGCUCAAAAGGCAAGCAGCUCGCCACAAGUCCAACGGCAGGAGAUGGCCGGCGCACGACCAGGAAGUUCUGCUAGCUCGAGGCCCGGGACCGCAAACCCCGAGGGCAACACGACUGUCAAGGCAGAAGGAGCCGAAGCAAAUACUGCUCCGAAUGAUACCAAUAUGGCCAACACCGCCGUUGCAAAUGCUCAGCAACCAGUGUCCCAAGCACCACAAAAGAAACCGCCCUGGGAGCACACCGAAGAGAUUCUUGCAGUGCUCAAGACUGCUUUCCCCCUCUUAGCCCUGUCAAUGGAGUCUAUGGUGGAUCAAAUCUCGAAGCACUUCAAAUGCCCACCCGAUGAGGAUGCAUAUCGACUGAUUACUGCGCUGCUCAAUGAUGCUCUCUCCUACGUUGGCAGAAUGCCCACAUCAUAUGCCCAGGAUGUCAAGCUGCCGUCUGCAACAGAGGCCAACAUUACCAGAUUUGCCGAGACCAUCCUCCCUGCGCACAUUCGCACCUCAUUCGAAGUAGACUUUGUCCAAAGGAAGCCUACAAUGUAUGAGUACAUUCACAAACUUCGCAAAUGGCGUGAUAAAUUUGAGGCAAAACUCGAUCGAAGACGGCCAUCUGCGUACCUAGAGGCGUAUAGCCACCAUCUCAGCGAAUUCCGAUUCCAAAAGUUUGAUGAGGUUGAAGUGCCGGGACAAUACCUACAACACAAAGACAAGAAUCAGGAUUUUAUCCGUGUUGAGCGGUUCUUGCCAAACGUGGACCUGGUGCGCGGUAUUGGUGUCUGCCAUCGCAGAUUAAAGAUUCGAGGACAUGAUGGUAGUGUCCAUCCUUUCGCCAUACAACAUCCAGCCGCUCGUCAUUGCAGGCGCGAAGAGCGAAUAUUACAGCUGUUCAGACACUUCAAUGGCACCUUGAGCAAGAGAAAGGAGAGCCGACGCCGCAAUUUGAAUUUCCAUCUUCCCCUGAUGAUCCCUCUUGCUCCACACAUCCGCAUGGUCCAAGAUGAUCCCAGCUACGUCUCAUUGCAAGGCAUAUUUGAGGAUCACUGUAGGAAGAGUGGCAUGUCGAAGGACGACCCUAUUCUAUUCACCAUGGAGAAAAUGAGGGCUUUAGUAGAGACCAAGAAACACCCCGACCAGUCCAUGACUGCCAAGCUGGAGACUUUUACCGCCAUUCAAGAGAGAUGGGUUCCCCACACUAUCGCCCUGGAGUACUUCACCAAGGUAUACCCCUCGUUCUCGGAGUUCUGGCUCUUCCGGCGACAUUUCUCUUACCAGUUUGCUGCCCUUACGUUUAUGACAUAUGUUCUACAUAUGCACAACCGAUACCCACAGAAACUCAACAUCGCUCGCGGCACCGGCAAUGUAUGGGGCUCAGAAUUGAUGCCGUGCAUGACAGCAGGAAAGGCCUUCUUCCACAAUCCGGAACCUGUUCCGUUCCGUCUUACGCCCAAUUUACAAACCCUCAUGGGCCCACUCGCAACGGAAGGGAUAUUCAGCUGCGCCAUUAUGGCCAUUGCCCGCUGUCUCACCGAGCCGGAAUUUGAACUCGAGCAACAGCUUAGCUUGUUCGUCCGAGACGAGAUGAUCUUCUGGUUUACCAGCAAUCAUAGGUCGGGUCAUAUGGGAGAGGGACAGUUGAGAGAAACUGUGCAGAAUAAUAGCGAACUCAUCGUCAAGCGUGCACUAAGUCUUGCGCAGUCACCGGCUGGUGCUUUGCCUGCAAACCAAACUGUUAUUGAUUUGAUUGCCAAGGCGGUGAAUCCUAUGAAUCUGUCUCAGUGUGAAGCGCUCUUUAUGCCAUAUUUGUGA